UGGGGGCACGUUUGGGGGCACGUUUCCCCCCCCCCCCCCCCCAAUGCCGGUGGUGGCCUCGUCCCGGCGAAGCACCGGGGGGCCGGGGCGACCGCCGGGGCUCGGGGGAUCCGGUUUCCCUCCUGCCUGGCCCCGGGGGGUGGGGGAAGAGAUAACGGGGAGCGGCGGUGAGACGGGGCGGCAGGCGGAAUGUUCUUCCUCUUCCGCGGGCCCCAGCGGAGGGGUACCGGCAGCCCCGCGCCCCCCACCUGCCGGGGUGCCUCCCGCCCCCACGGUCCCGGCAAACGGGGCGGCCGCCGCCUCCGCCCGGCCCCGCGGCUCAGGGGGCACGGGGGACCCGGCACUGCCGGUACCCCGGGUCGGCCCAGCCAAGGCAGGGUGUCCCCCACGGAGCGUCGGGGGGCCGGCGAGGAGCCGGGGCUGCAGCCGCCCCCCGCUUUCGGGCAGGAUGGGAAGCCGCGCUCCGGUCCCCCAGUCCCCGGCGCCGGUGACCCCGAGGAAGCGUCGGAGGCGGCGCAGUCUCCACCGCUGCAGAAUUAUUCGGUGCUGCAGGGGCUGGUGGGGCCGGCCUGCAUCUUCCUGCGGCAAAGCAUCGCCAUCACCCAGCUGGACCGAGAGCUGCGGCCCGAAGAGAUCGAAGAGCUGAAGCAGGCCUUCCGAGAGUUCGACAAGGACCGCGACGGGUACAUCAGCUACAAGGACCUGGGCGAGUGCAUGAGGACCAUGGGCUACAUGCCCACCGAGAUGGAGCUCAUCGAGCUGUCCCAGCAGAUCACCGGGGGCAAGGUGGAUUUUGAUGAUUUCGUGGAGCUGAUGGGCCCCAAGAUGCUGGCGGAGACGGCGGACAUGAUCGGGAUCAAGGAGCUGCGCGACGCCUUCCGCGAGUUCGACACCAACGGGGACGGGCAGAUCAGCAUGGCGGAGCUGCGGGAGGCCAUGCGCAAGCUGCUGGGGCAGCAGCUCAACUACCGGGAGGUGGACGAGAUCCUCAAGGACGUGGAUCUCAACGGGGACGGCUUGGUGGACUUCGAAGAGUUCGUGCGAAUGAUGUCGCGCUGAGGGCGGCGCGUGCCAACACGGGACCCGAGCCCCCGCCGUGCCUUACAGAAGAGGAGGGGGCUGCGGAAGAGAAGCCCGGCUCCGGCUGCCGCGGCUGGGGCCGUGCCGGUGCGAGCGCGGCACCUGGGGCAAAGCCCUCGCUGCUUCGGCGCCGGAGGUGCUCAGACUCAACCUCGGCCGCGCGCCUGCCCGGCCGCUGAGGUCCAACCGCGGCGUGGGGCGCCGAGGCCGACGCCGGACCCCUUUUUGGCACAGACUCGGCCGAGCUUUGGCCACUUUCACCCCGAUCUCCGCUCUCUCCUGCUCCCCGCUCCGCAGCGUCCCCGACCUCACCCCGGCUGCUGUUCCCCAAAACCCAAACGUGCCGGUCCCCUGCCCUCCCGCUGCGCCCCAACUCUGCCGGCUCAUCCCUCCAGCCUUCGUUUUGACCCCCGUACCCAACGCCGAGCCCCUCAACCUUGACCCCGCUCCCUCCACGCCGUGAUUUAAGGCUGACCUUACGGCGUAACCCCGACGCCUGUCCCCCCGUUACCGCCGUUUGGGCUCAGACUUACCCCGGACCCUGCUCUGUCCUGCCCCGCGCCGGUGAGGCAUCCCUCCGUUUUCGGGGCCGGCGUGGACCCUCACGGUACGUUCCGUCCGACCCCCGGCGCAGGGGAAACUCCUCGGGGCUUCGGCACCCCGGCCAGGACAUCCUUGAGGAAAGAAGCCGGGAAUAAAGCGUUCGCCUUCUCCCCCACCUCCCCGGGAGCACGGGUGGGAAGGGGAGAGGCACGCUGCAGUUUGGGGUAAUUUUUGCACCUCCGAGUUAAGGAAAUCUGCUGCUUCCGAGUUUGGGGGGGGGGGAGGUGUCUGAACAAAUUUAUUAAUUUUUUCAAUCCUUGCCCUUUUGAAAUGAAAAAUUCUCUCUCUGCGGACUUUUGUUUGUCUUUACGUUGAGUUUAAAUAGCACUCUCUCGCUCCACGGUUGUCCCGUGUGCC